ACUCCUGAACCGACUCCUGAACCGACUCCCGAGCCGUCUCAGCCUUCCAGUGGCGGAAGUUAUAUCGAUACCGUCAACAGUUUCCGCAACAAAGCCGGCCUUCCCACGAUGACCUGGGAUGAGAGCCUGGUUUCCAACGCGGCGGAUGCGGGAGCCGGCACCAAAGGCACCACGCUCGUUCACAAGCUGAACAAGGGAACCGGAGGCCAGGUCAUGGUCUUUGGCUUUGAGGACAAUGCCUCCUGCAACCGCGAUACGCUGGACCUGGGCGGCUUCGGCUUGUCGUACUACAGCUGGCUUUGCGAAGUCCCGAGCGACGGCGCGUUGGGCAGUGACUUCUGCAGCAAAGUUUUGAGCACGGCCCGGAUCAACACGGAGGGACAGACCGGACAUUACGAUAUUCUGUCCAGCUCCAAGUACACCAAAAUCGGUUGCGCC